GCAGACGUGGCAUAAAUUCGGUUUAAAGUCGCAGCUGUAGCCGAAUGCUGAUCUGCGACCAUUAUUCUGUAAACGAGCUCAAGGACAAUUAAACAAAAACAAAACAAAAAACCUUUGGAAUACGAGCGUUUCCUGCUGUUUAGACGCUAAAUAACCAUGGCUUCGUCUGCGAAUAAUAACGGUUCUGUUGGUAAAUGGGAGGUGGUGAAAAGAGGCAAGAAACAGAACAGCGCUGCUGCUAAGAGUCAAGUCGACAAGAAGUCCAGAAAAACUUUGGGCGAGUCUAAUUCUCCAAAACUUCACAUGUACCCACCCGACAUAAAGAUGUCGGAGACAAUAUUUGAGGGUUUCGAGAAGAUCGGAAAGAAGCAGAACAAGGAACAGGUUCCUCCCCCAGCUGAGACUCAGCAGAAAAAGGUCAACGUACCAAAGCAGACAAAGAAAUCCCAGUCCAACAGCAGCUCAAAACCGACAAACUAUAAAACGUUGGAGGAAGCUGUCAAAGCUCUGGACUUAGUGGAGUUGAAGCAACAGCUGGAGAAAAGUCAACUCAUGUUUCCUGAGAAUCCAUGUGUCUGGGUGAAGGAUCUGGCUGGGUAUCUCAACAGCAAACUGCUUGCACCUGACCCAGAUCCCACGCUCAGCAGCUAUGCUCACGAUUACCCAUACUGCCUCGCUGGAAAGGAUUUGCGUGGCAUAAUUAAGAAUAUGUUGGGGAAAAGCGGUGACGCACUGCAAGAAUUCUUUGAUCACUGUGUGUUCACUAUGCUCCGGGAGUUGGAUAGACCCACAGGUGACCCACUGCAUGGCUACAGGAUGUGCAUCCAAGCGAUCAUGAUGAGCAAACCCAAAAUAGCCAUGCUCAGCCUGCCUGAACACUUGGAGCUGCUGCGCUCACACCAGAACCGUCCAGCCAAGUGUCUGAGCAUUAUGUGGGCUCUUGGACAAGCUGGCUUCUACGACCUUGCCCAAGGCAUAAAAGUUUGGCUGGGCAUCAUGCUCCCUGUUCUAGGAGUGAAAACUCUGUCUGCUUAUGCCAUUGCUUACCUAGAGAGACUGCUCACGCUUCAUGCCAAUUUGUCUAAAGGGUUUGGCGUAAUGGGCCCAAAAGAGUUCUUCCCUCUGCUGGAUUUUGCCUACAUGCCCAAAAAUGCCCUGUCACAAAGCUUGCAGGAACAGUUGAGGAGGCUCUACCCACGGUUGAAGGUUCUAGCAUUUGGAGCGAAACCGGAAUCUACAUUGCAUACGUACUUCCCUUCCUUUCUCUCCAGAGCCACGACCAAUUGUCCUGAUAGCAUGAAGAAAGAGUUGCUGAGCAGCCUGACCGAGUGCCUUUGUGUGGAUGCACAGAGUUUGGGUGUAUGGAGGCAGCUUUACACCAAACACCUAACCCAAUCCAGCCUCUUGUUGAAUCAUCUGCUCAGUUUAUGGAGCACGCUCCCACCAAAGUUGCGAAAUAGCCUUCAGGAAACAAUCCAGUCUUUCAGAGUGACCAACGAAGAGAUUAGAUCCACAGCUAACUUGAAUGAUGUGAAGGAAUGCAAUGCUGUCUGCAGUACUCUGCAAAUGAAAAUUCGCUCUCAAGGCUUCCCGUGGUCGAAGGCACUGAUGGUGCUGUUGGUGUUUGUUGCUGGUUUUAUUGCUCACGAUGUGAGGUCACAUGGCACCUUUGCCGACUCCACCACUGCACUGUACCUGCAGAAGAGCGGCGUCACUGCCGUGUCCCAGCAAGUCUGGAGAAAAGGGUCCCAUUGCAGCCAGCAGGGCAUCAACUGGUUAGCUGGAACCUUGCCGCAUUAUUACUCUCUGGCUGUGGAGGCAGUGGGUCCGUUUUUGGAAGCCAUUUUCGAGAAGCUGAAGAUGGCUUCAGUUUUAAUUGCACAGAAGAGUUCUGAAUUGAUGCUGUGGUUGCAGGAGAGCACACCACUGCUCAUAGAAUGGAUCAAUGCCAACACCCCAGAGAGUGUUUUCCAGUUUUUGGAAUUUGUAAAGGAGCUGCUGCUGUUUGUGCAUCAGAACUAUAUCUUACCUGGCCUGCAGUACGUUGUUACGGCACUCCAGCAUCUGUGGCAGUCACUGCAGGACUCCUGCAAUGGUGAAGUAUCACUACACUGCAUGCAGAACCAUGUAGUGGCAUUCACUAACAGUACAUGGAUUUACUUGCAAGAUACAACAACUGCCAUCGGGAGCUGGGCCCAAGAGCUGCUGACCAAGGUGUUCUACUUGAUUACCUCUUAAUGUGAUCUGGAAAGCUCUAUUGAAGACCCCAAGUUGUACAUCUUCCUCGCCACAGUACAGACUUGUGUAAUAUAUAAAACACCACAGAACCUUGGAGCUCCUUCUGCUAAGAUUUCAAGAAUCAAAUUCUACAUUUGGUGUAAAGUUUCAAGUCUAUCGGCUAUAGCUGUGUAGUACACCAUAAUGUUCUAAUGUCAAAAGUUUAUAAUGAACAGUUUAACACUGUGUAAUAAGCAGUCAGCUGUGUCAGGUUAAAGACAGAUCAGUAUUCGAUUAAAGCCUGGAUUACAUCACAGAAUGUGGAAAAGAGAAAUAUUAUAAAUGUGAUGAACUAAUUUUGUUGCUUUGUAUGAAUGGUUUAUAAAUAAAACCUGUGCUGCCCUGCC